CCUCCCUACUCCACAACCAUGGCGGACAGCGCGAGCGAAAGCGACACUGACGGAGCGGGGAGCAGCUCAGCCACCCCAAUGUCGUCCUCCGCUUCUAAUUCUGGGAAACCGAGCAUAGUCAUUUCACAGUUUCGUUUGGAAGAGCUGACGAACCGCCUUGCGUCGCUGCAACAAGAGAACAAAGUUCUGAAAAUUGAGCUGGAGACGUUUAAACUAAAGUGCAAAGCCUUGCAGGAGGAGAAUCGGGACCUCCGCAAAGCUAGCGUCACCAUUCAAGCAAGAGCGGAGCAGGAGGAAGAAUUUAUCAGCAACACCUUGUUCAAGAAGAUCCAGGCUCUUCAGAAGGAGAAGGAGACCUUGGCAGUCAACUAUGAGAAGGAGGAGGAAUUUCUCACUAAUGAACUGUCAAGGAAGCUUAUGCAACUCCAACAUGAGAAGGCUGAGUUGGAGCAGCACUUGGAGCAAGAGCAGGAGUUCCAGGUUAACAAGCUUAUGAAAAAGAUCAAGAAAAUGGAGAAUGAAACCAUCUCGAAGCAGCUAACCCUGGAACAGCUGAGGCGGGAGAAAAUUGACCUUGAGAACACGUUAGAGCAGGAACAAGAAGCCCUCGUCAACAGGCUGUGGAAACGAAUGGACAAACUGGAGGCUGAGAAAAGAAUCCUUCAAGAGAAGUUGGACCAGCCUGUAUCAGCUCCUCCUUCCCCUAGAGAUGUUUCCAUGGAAAUAGACUCACCAGAGAACAUGAUGCGGCAUAUCCGCUUCCUGAAGAAUGAGGUGGAGAGGCUUAAGAAAAGCCUGCGUACCACUGAGCUGCAGCACACAGAGAAACGUGCCCAGUACAUAGAAGAGGAGCGACAGAUGAGGGAGGAGAACAUUCGGUUGCAGCGAAAGCUUCAAAGAGAAAUGGAGCGCAGGGAGGCCCUGUGCAGACAACUGUCAGAGAGUGAAUCCAGUUUGGAGAUGGAUGAUGAGAGGUACUUCAAUGAAAUGUCUGCGCAGGGUCUGCGUGCAAGGACCGUGUCCAGCCCCAUCCCUUACACCCCCUCUCCCAGCUCCAGUCGACCUAUAUCACCUGGUCUCUCGUAUGGACCUCACACAGUUGGCUUCACUCCUCCGGCAACACUGUCCAGAGCUGCCAUUUCCCACUACAACACCCCUGCCCUGCACAUCCAUGGAAGUUCCUCUCAUGCUGUAGCACGGCCCUCACCAAGAAGAAGCGCCAGUCCUGACAAAUUCAAACGUCCAACUCCCCCACCCUCUCCCAACACGCACUCAGGGGCCCAACAGCCUCAGCCGCCGCUCCCCCCACCAGCUCAGCCCAUGGUUCAGUCAAUGUCCUCCCCGGCAGCCAUGUCGCAGCACGCAGCAGCAGCUGCACCACCACAGCAGCCUUAACACCAUAAAAGGUUUCUGCUUCUGCGCAAGGUUGUGCGCACUGAACGCCACGAUGCUACCGCAGCAACUUCCCGUCAUUACCAGCUCUGGAAGUGAAGUUUCUUACUCUUAACAAAGUCCACAAAAGACGCAGCUUCAGAGGUUCUAGAGGGAAAAGAAACGAGAUGGCAACUCGGCCUCGGUGAUGGUAGCUGCCUGCCAAAUCCACAUGUGGCGUUACUUCUCUUAAAAGGAAAAGAUGGACUUAAUUAAAAAUGCUUCUGGCAUUUGUAGGAUAACUUGUUCCAUAUUCUGUCUUGAAUUUUUAUUUUUAUUUGUUUUUGCUUGGGACUAGCUGGUUUGAAUUGUUGUGACGCUUCUAAGAUAGCACAAACAGCACAGAUAGUAUGUUUCAUGGUGGUGUUUUACCAUAGGUUGGACGUUUGAAUCAAAGGAUGGCUCAACUACUAGAAAAGUAAACAGUUUUAUUUUUUGUUUUGUUGUUUCAAGCCUAUAAUAUGAAGCUUGAUAGCAGUAAUGUCCUACACUCUAGCUCACCAUUCUGUCUUUUAAGCAGUGUCAGUAAUUCAUUAUGGCCCCAAGUUUAUCGUGGCUUUGAUUAGGUCUACUUAAAAUGUCAUAGAAGACUGCUUGGAGUUCCUCCGUUCUAUAGCAUUGACCAAACGGAGCUUGCGGCACAGUUUUUUGUUUCAGAUAGCAUUACAAGUUCUGCUGAAUUUCAGUUGAAAUGAAAAGAUUGCAUCGAGGAUGGACACUGGUACAUAAACCACAAAUAAAUGUCGCCUUUUGAGGUGUUUAAAAAGUA